AUGCUUAUUCUUGCGCUCUGCCGGAUCUGUGAGCCUAUUGCUUUCAUGUCCAUUUUCCCUUACAUCUACUUCAUGAUUGAAGACUUUCACAUCACGGAUGAUCCCAACAAGAUCUCCGUGUAUGCUGGGAUGGUCACUUCGGCGUUCACCUUGGCAGAGUUCUCUACGGGCGUCUUGUGGGGAAGACUUAGCGACAGGCUUGGCCGCAAGCCUAUCCUUCUCAUGGGCCUAACGGGAACUGCAAUCAGUGCUUUGAUCUUUGGAUUUGCGCCUAGCCUCUCCGUUGCCCUUUUUGCAAGGGCAAUGGGUGGUCUGCUGAAUGGAAACAUUGGGGUUCUACAAACCACGGUUGCAGAGCUUGUGACUGUCAAGGAACACCAGCCACGAGCAUAUACGAUCAUGCCUCUGGUGUGGUGUCUUGGAUCGAUUAUUGGUCCCAUGAUUGGCGGCGCCCUCGCCCGGCCCUGCAUUACAACUGCCUGGUUACGAGACGACGGAAAACUCUCCCGAACUCACGUCAAGCCCUGGGUCAGGCGCACCGGAGCCUCUGACCUCGAAUCUACCGGGGAGAUUGCUGUUCCAGUAAAGCAGAGCAACGUGAUCUUCACCAAGCCUGUCGUCCUUAACAUCAUCUCCUACGAGAUUCAGCUUCCGUUCAAAUUCGUCUCCGGAUUCGGGCUGGACACCAAGGAGAUUGGUGUCAUCCUUGCUGUGCAAGGCUUCUAUUCCAUGGUAUCAACCGUCUUUCUCUUCCCGCUCGUUUGCCAGAAGCUGGGCGCACUGAAGCUGUUCAGGCUUUUGGCAAUCUCAUACUUCCUCCUGUACUUGAUGACCCCGUACGUGGUUCUCCUGCCGGAGCGCUAUCGUAUGGUCGGCAUCUACAUCAUGGUCAUUUGGAAGUGCACAUUUUCCACCAUGGCCUACCCUAGCAACGCCAUCUUGCUGACCAACUCGGCGCCAACCCUCCUGUCGCUGGGGACCAUCAACGGUCGGCUACUCCGGGUUGGCGUGGUGGUGCAGCGGUGCUGUUACCAUCGCUGGCGCAUUUUGAGUCUACGACUUACCGAACCUCGUGGUCGUCUUGACGAGGCCGAUGAGAACCCCAACGACGCCCCCGAGCAUACGGCCGAAGCAGGCUCAAGUGGCCAAGAUCGCAGCCACUAA